AUGAGAAAGGGGCUGGACCAAGCGCUGCGUGGGCUCGACAUUCCUCGAUACAACAUAAGCAUAGAGCACAGCAGUGGCAGGACGAAAGAUGCUUGGUUGAGUGUGGUCCCAUGGCGGUCAGCCACCGGCAGCAUCGUGGGGGCAGUUGGAAGCUUCCAAGAUGCAGAGGAAGUGGACCGGAGACUGGGGGAGGCAGACUGGAUUCGAGCUGCCGUGGCAGAGCAACUGGACCGAGCCAAUGCGGCGAUUUUCUCGAUCGACUCCAAUCUGUGCAUCACCGAAUGGAAUUAUGCUUUGGAAGACCGAAGCGGCAAGGAGAAGGAGAGCGUUGCUGGGGCAAAGUUACCGGAUCUACUUGAGACAGAUUCGCGAAGCCGAGCAGAAGCCGCUGCCAAAACAGCCCUCGCCGGCGAGUUGGGCUCAACUGUACAGAUAUCUCUGAUGCCUGGGAUGGACAUGGUGGUGGGAUUUUCCCCACAAUUCAGCUUCGCUGGCAAGGUCAUUGGUGCCCUGGCAGUUGGUCAGCUGCUGCCAUCUGGAGGUGUCACACGGUCGCCACAGGAACCUGGGACGUCCCACGCGAUGAAGGCAAUGAUUCUUCACGAGCUUCGCUCUCCUUUGCAUGGCAUCCUGGGUCUGGCAACCACGCUGUCACAGGACACUGGCCCUUUGCAGAAACCGCUUGGCAUGAUUGGUUUGAGCGCAGAGCGAGUGCUGAACUUGGUCACGAACAUCAUUGAUUAUUGGAACUUCUGCGACGAAGGAAAGAGAACUUCCGAGAGCAAAGAUGAGGUUGUGGAUUUGCUUGUGCUUGCCAAAGAGUGCAUCUCCAAGUGUGAAGCCUUCAAGGACAAGAAAGGCAAGCCGCUCAAGAAGGACCAGGUGCAAUUCACGCAGAAUUUGCAAAGUGUGACUAUCUCCGGCGAUGCCUACCAGCUUUCGCAGAUGAUGAUCCACAUCCUCAUGAAUGCUUUCAAGUUCUCUUCAGAGGGAGAGGUGACCUUCACCGUGGAGAAAAACAAGGAGACCAAUUCCGCUGUAAUAACUGUUACGGACACAGGUGCUGGCAUAAAGCCUGAGACAAGGGACAGUAUGUUUCGCGCAUUUGCACAGGAAGACUUGACCGAGAGCCGAAAACAUGACGGUCUUGGCGUUGGGCUGGCCUUGGUGCGGGAAGUAGUGCGGAUACACCAGGGACGAUGCACCCUUGAGCCAAUGCCGGGGAAGGGCACAUCGGUGCAGGUGGUUCUUCCUUGCAGUCCAUUUCCCGACAACACGCCUGCUAGCGCUACUCAGGCCUUGCUGGAGCCCAUGAAGGUGCCACUUCCCGGCACGAAGCCUCGUGGACCUCCUUCAUCCUGGCUUGGCCCAAGCACGCAGAUUGGCAUGCAAAUCAAUGCAAGGCCGUCGCCACCGAUGGAGGGAGGCACGCAAACUGCCUCAUCACUGCCAGCUUUGAAGGAUGGGCUGUCACCACCCAUCAACUUUCAGGAGGAGGAAGAGGACGGCCAAAAUCUUAUCAUGUCUGUUGACGACGACUUCGUCAAUCAAGAGGUCAUGCGAUCCAUCUUGGAGCCCAGCGGAUUCCAGGUGAUUGCUUGCAUGAGUGGUUCUGAAUGCCUUCAAUACUUCGAUGAAGACAAUCCGCGUCCCCGGCUGCUCCUGUUGGAUCUGAUGAUGCCGGGAUUGAGUGGUUUUGACGUGCUUCAAGCGCUACGUGACAAAUUUCAAUUCGGCGAGCUUCCUGUUGUGAUGGUGUCUGCCAAGAACCAAUCAAGUUCUGUGGUAAAGGGAUACGACUUGGGCUGCGCGGACUGGAUCCACAAACCAUUUUGCAGACAGGAGCUGAUUGCCAGAGUCAAGUCGCACCUGAAGAUACGUGAUACACUUCUAGGUUACAGGAGGAGAUGGGCACAAGUGCCAUCCCAGGAGAACGUUUGCAACAUCACUGAGGACCACGAGGAUGACACACCACGAUCCGAAGGGGAGAAGAGAACAGCGGAGGAGGAGGCGGCCCAAGAAGAGACAACUACCACGCGACGAGGCCCUGUGAACUCGACGGCGCUUUUUGCAAACGUUGUCAAGAAGCUCACAUCGCCUGGGGAUCAAGACGAGGCAGCCGGGGAUGAUGAGCUAGUUAUGGUCUUCGAGCAGUUCGAGAAAGCUAGAGCAGCGCUCUCGAUCCAGCACAGCGAAACUGGGCAUAGCUGCUAUGUGGCGAUCUCGACAGGGGAGGAUUUGGGCCAACCUGAUGCAAUGGUCAAGUUGGCGCAGCAGAUGAUGGACAUUGCAUGCCAGGCAACUCUUCCAAUGUGCAUUGGCGUCCACUCAGACACGACUAUUCCGGUCAUUGCGCGCAGCACCUCCAAGCGUGCUGGACAUGCGGACGUGUUUUUCAGUUCCACGGUUCAGGAAGUUCCGGGACUCAACAGCUCAGCAUCUGGCGCACCUCAGCGAGACCAGCUUGGGACAGUAAUUUGUGCCGAGGCCAAAGCUCUUUGCGAUGAGGCUGCUGACAACAGGAUCCUCGUGUCCCGUGGUGCCAGAUGUCGACUUAGUGCAGAUGUGGAGGCCGAAAUGCAAAAGUUUGGCUUGCGGCUGCUAGACGGUGGACAGCACACCUUCAGAGACAAGUUCUAUUACUUUGCCGACAAGACUGAGGUUCCUGGUCGGGCGUCUUCCCCACUGCGAGCGCAGCGAGCGCUGGUGGGACAAGAGGACCAUCGCAAAGAGGAGGAGAAGGCGAAGGCGGCGAAGGAGACAGUGCAGAUACCGGAUCGGACGGUUUCGCAGCUUCAGGAGGAGCUUAUGCGGACAAGAGUCGGCAUGCAGCAGAUGCAAGCCAAGCUGCUCGUGGCCGAAGAGCAGGCACGACAGGCCAGACUCGAAUCUGGAUCGCUGAGACAGCAGCUUCAGCAGGCAGAAGUUCAAGCGGCACAAGCGGGCCAAGCGGGACCUGCCGUCCGAGAUCAGGCGUUCAAACUCUUCACCGGCAUCAGUGCUGUUUCUGCAGUGGCAGAAUGCCCAUCUGCAAGCCGAAAUCCGUCAGUACCAGCAGGCCUUGACGAACACCCGGUCCGAGCUGCAGUCUUGGCCGCGCAGCUGAUGGAGUCCAAGCACCAGCUGCUUCAGGCCCGAGUCGAGCACCUCGAGCUGGACCUGGGCUUCAAGGCCAGGGUCGCCUCGAAAGGCAGAAGCGGCGGAACCGCGAGUCAGAAGUCUGUGAGUUUGUCUCAGCUGCGUACUGGCGUGCUCGCUCCUCCAACAUGGCGCAUGUUAGACAAUGCUGCUCUCCGUAACGAGGCACUCUACGGAACCAUGGGGCCGCUCGGAUCACAGUACAAGCCGAACGCGAAAGCAUCAACUUGGUUUCUGCAUCUCGGUUUGAGGCUGGCAUCACUGCCGAAGGACUUCAACUUCCCCGGCUUGGGCUCUCCGUCUGGGCUCGGCUCAGCAUUCGAGGGCAUGCCACGCAGACCAGUGCCGUCGGACGCUGGCGAAGGCGUUCCUCUUGUGCCCGAAGGACAAUCGAUGCCGCCUCUGAGCGGGCUCUCUGGCCUGGUGGGCGACGGCAUUGCUGGCCUUCCCACAGGAGGGGCUGGGCGGCUCGAGAACUCUGUCCAAAGUCUUCAUCAAAGUGCAGGAACUAUCGGCACGACGUUGGGUGUUUCCCUUCCGGAGUCGAUGCCAUGA